UAUCAAAAAUAAACGUUAUUCUUCUUAUUUUUAUUUAAAGUAAAUACUAGGUUAAAGGCCACUAUGAUUGUCAUUUGUCAUUUUCAAUUUAACUGCCAUUUUAAAUUUGGUUUGUUUUGAUUGGUGGAGUUAAAUACAGAUGCAUAAACUGUGAAGUUAACCGUUCUUUAUAGUUAUUUCAGGAAAAAGUGGAAUUUUGUGAAAUUUCCGAGUUUUUUUCGAAUCGAAGCGUGUUUUUGUGCUAUUUUACAGGUAGUUACCAUGCCAUUUAGUGGAAAUUUGCAGGAAGACAGUACGGAAGCAGAGGAGUUAGAUACAUCAGGUUGCGGGGACAUGUCCUUCGAGUUAUCCGGAGACAUGGACAACAGCGACAUGUUUUCCAGUCCUAAAAGAACCAACAUACCAAUUAAAAUUGAGAUUACGAAAUGUGAUAAUACACCUGAACCAAAGAGCGGUUCGUUUAGUCCACCAUAUAGGAGAGUCCGAGCCCUACGUUUAUUCAAUAGUCCUCUAACGCCAAAGACUAUCAUCCAAAAUAGCUCCACCGGAACGCCUUUAAUUAGGUCUACCCUGUUUGCUAGCAAACCGAGAGCUGUGCCUAGUUGUUACGCUAAGAAAGAAGAGGCACCUUCUGCCAAUGUAAAUCCUUUUACACCAAAUGGAAUGUUAUUAUCGAAAAAGCGGUCUAGGUCGAUCCGGUCUUUAAUGGGAUCUCCUGGGAUAAAGCCCGUGAAAUUAGAGCUGAGUGAACACGAAAGUGACGACUGCGAUAUGGAAUUAGAACACCAACAUCCACUGAAAAGAGUAGCCCUCCAACAAAACAACAUAUCCCGAUAUCACAAGGAAUUUUUAGAGCUGGAAUUGAUAGGAAAGGGCCAAUUUGGUUCAGUUUUUAAAUGCGUGAAUAGAUUGGACGGUUGUAUCUAUGCAGUUAAAAAAUCCUCCAAACCUGUAGCUGGAAGUUGGUCGGAAAAGACAGCUUUGAAUGAAGUAUACGCACAUGCUGUUUUAGGUAAACACCAGCAUGUCGUGAGGUAUUACUCCGCAUGGGCCGAAGAUAAUCAUAUGAUUAUACAAAAUGAGUAUUGCAAUGGAGGUUCGUUAGCCGAGAAGAUCCUGCAGGAACCUUUAAGUGCUAAACAGCUGCGCACUUUACUGCUCCACGUAACAGAGGGCUUACGAUACAUCCACUCCGAAGGCCUAGUUCACAUGGACAUCAAGCCAGGAAAUAUAUUCAUAUCCAAAGAGAAGAAAGUGCACAUAUCAAAAUACGAUACCAUCGAUGAUGGAUUCGAAGAAUUGGAAGAUCAUUCGAUAUUAGAGGAAGAACUCACUUAUAAAAUCGGCGACCUAGGACAUGUCACUAGCAUUCAAAAUCCCCAAGUAGAAGAAGGAGAUUGUAGGUACCUGCCAAACGAGAUACUUCAAGAGGACUACACUCAUUUGACGAAAGGCGAUGUUUUUGCGUUGGGCUUGACUAUUUUGGAGGCUGCUGGCGCUGGACCUUUGCCCAAAAACGGAGAAGAAUGGCACGCUCUGCGAAGAGGAGAAUUGCCCGCGUUACCGCAAAUAUUGAGCCACGAUUUAAUAGAACUAAUAAAGGCGAUGAUACAUCCUGACCCAGUAUUAAGGCCAUCGACGUUACAAAUUUUACAGAACCGAGCCCUGUCCCCCGAUUGUUAUAAAUCCAAAGCGGAGCUGACGAGAGAAUUGAACGCGGAAAAAUUGAGAAAUGAAAUGCUCAUUAAGCAGCUUAAAGAGGCGACCAUUUGCAGAACCUACGAAAUGAAGAAACCGGCGUCUUCGCGAGUUAAUAGAUUGAUAGGGAAGAAGAUGAACAGGAGCUCCAGUACUACCACAUUUUAAUUUUAUUUUUUUUAUCGGAAGAAAGGUGAUCGUAUAUUUUAUUUUUAAUGUUGAUAGUGUAGGUUUUUAACACAUAAAAGGAAUUAUAUGUUAGAUUAAAAGGUUUAUAUGUUAGAUGAUUUAAAUAAGGGAAGUAUGGAGUUUUAUGAAUGAUUUUUAUUGUAAUUAAUGAUUUCGAUGAAUGCGAAAUCAAAUUAAUUAGUUUUUAAAAGAUCCUUUUUUAUGAAUAGAAGUGGUUUUUCGAAUAUUUCAUAAAUUAAGAACAAUGAGGGUUUUUUAAAUAUUUUUUAUGAUUUGUUACAUUCUUGUCCUACCCUGUCCUAAAAAUUAUUUUAGAAACCACUGAAUAUAUUUUUAAUAAAAACUCGACAAAAAUACUCUAUACUUCUAAUUAUACUAAUAGUUGAACGUCAGUUAAUUUAUUAGUGUAUUGUUUUAAAAAGAAGAACUUUGUUACAUCAAUUUUACCCAAAGCUUAAAAAGCUGGUUUUAAUGACACGAUUUGUAAUUUUUAUUGAUUCGGUUUUUUUAAUUGAUAAAUGAAUUAUUCUUUACUGUUUGAUAAGCUGUUAAAUUUAAUUGUCUGAAAGUAUUUUAGGACAUAACAAUUUCGUGUAGAAAUGAGUCGGAAUUUUCUUAUUUAGUACGGCUCAUUUUUUUUGUAUACUUAUUUUAAAAUGUUAAUGUGAUAGUAAUCAUAGGCUUUUUUCUUUCUUGACUAAAACUAUAUACAUAUUUAAUUUUUAUCUCUUAGUCAGUUUGCUAAUUAGCAUUUUACAUUCCUCUUUAUAAUUUAGUGCCUUAAUAUUGCUAAUAGGUAAUAAAUGUAAUUUUAAUUUUAU